UACAGAUGCGAUUUUAACUUAUAUUUAUGCUAACUAGCUAAACAUGGAUGCUACGUACUUGACUAGCUGGCUUGUUGCUUAGUCGUUGCUCCUUCGUGAAUGACAGUUGUUUGUUGAUGCGAUCUUUCGUGUAUGUACCAAAUACUCGUUUCAGUGUGCGAGUUUGAAUCCGGCUUGUGUCUUUGUUCACUCAUCAUGAUGCGUUACUGGGGUGAGAUCCCUGGACCUGCAGGGGCUCCUCCCAGUCGCAGCUCCUUUGACUUGCUCCAGCGUGAGUUUCGCUCAGUGGAGAUGCAGGACCCUCCCCUGCACCAGCCUUCGGCCCAGCGUCCGCGGCCCACCACGAUGCUGGACAUCCCGUCAGAGCCCUGCAGCCUCACCAUCCACACAGUGCAGCUGUGUCAGCAUGUCCGCCGCCUCCGUGGCCUCUUGGCAGCGGCCCAAGCCCAGGCUCAGGGUCAGAGCUCAGCUUCCUCUGAGGGUGGCAGCAGGCUGGAGGAGACUGAUACAAAUCUGCCCCUGCGUCCUCCCACCCCACCUGCCAUGCCAGAUGACUUGCUACCUGUGGACAGCAAAGCCCCGCGGCAACCCUUCCAGCUCCGCCACAGUGACCCUGAAAGUGACUUCUAUAAGGGUAAAGGCGAGCCUGUCACAGAGCUGAGUUGGCCCUCCUGCAGGCAGCUCCUCUAUCAGUCAGUGGCCACCGUCUUGGCCCAUGCUGGCUUUGAGUCAGCCCAGGAGAGCGUCCUGGAGACCCUGACUGACCUGGUCCAUGAGCAUUACCUGCGCCUCAGCCGCCUGCUGCGGGUGGCGGUGGACCGGGAGGCUCGGCUAGGAGCCAGUCCCUUCCCAGACGUGGUGGAGCAAGUGUUCCAUGAGGUGGGCAUCGGUAGCGUGCUGGCCCUGCAGCGCUUUUGGCAAGUGCGGAUCAAGGACUAUCACAGCUACAUGCUGCAGGUGAGUAAGGAUCUGUCAGCCGAAUACGAGCGACUAGUGAACCCAGAGAAGGCUAUGGAGGACUCCAAGCCCCUGAGGAUCAAGGAGGAGCCCAUGAGUGACAUCUCCUUCCCUGUUAGCGAGGAGCCUGAGGCCGACCUGGCCUCUGGGGACCAAGCCCUGCCCAUGGGGGUCCUCGGGGGCCAUGGUGAGAGGCUGGCUUCAGGCCUGGAUGGUGACCAUUCUCCUCACACCUCAGGUGGGGGCGGGGUCAACAACUCCCCGCUGUGGCCGCAGGUCAAAAUGGAGCCGCAGGAUGGCGAGGAGGGCCAGGGUGCUGGCCAUCAUCACCACCACCAUCACCACCACCACGGUGUCCUGGGUGGAGAUGUGUUCGAGGAUGGGGGGCCCAUGUCCACCAUGAGCGAGUCAGCGGGAGACAUGGCACCCUCUCCCGGAGGCGCGGCGUCAGACGGCAGCUACGCUUCGCAUUCGCCCGACUCCUUGAUGGGCGCCUCGCCCGUCUUCAACCAAAGACCCAAGAAACGGGCGAAGAAGAUGUGAAGACAUGUAUUUGUGGAUGCAAGAAGCUCUGAGAAGUGGAAUCUGAACUCACCAGCAAGUCUUCCACGUUAGUUAUCUUGCAAUGAAAAAACAACAAUCUGACGGAAAAAUGUCGUGGUGAAACACACCAGUUAUUCAGUGUAGGACUCCAGCCGUUUAGAUAAUGGCCCCUGCAUAGACUGACAUUAAUGUCAUGAACGAACUGAACUGAUGGGGGGGGAAAGGAGAUUUUGUAGUUUUUCAUGUUUGUUUGUAUGAGUAUAAUUUCUCUCAAAGUAGCUGAAGAUGUUGCCAUUAAAUAUAUUAAUGGGGUUUAUUGUCAAGUAUCAGUUUUGUUCAUUUGAGUUAAGUGUUUUUCAGAAAAUAUAGAAGGAGGGCUACAAUUAGCCUAAUGAAUUGAAGUACAGGAAAAACUAAGAGGUCCAAAAGCAAAUGAUUUAGUUAAACAGCUUAAUAAUUCAGCAGUUUUCCCAAGCUAUUAAGUUUCCUUCUCCUCACAAAGCAAUUACUGCCUUUGCCAUUCAUUACGAUUAAAAGAUGCUCCACCAAAAA